GCGACGUCGUGCUACCUGCGCCAUCCAGGAGCCAUCUGGGGCCCCUCUUGGACGGUUUACGUGUUCGCCAUCACCAUCUCCAGACCCCCCAGGGCCCCAGGGGAGGGGGCAGCUUGCGGUAUGAAGUUUUCCCCAGAGCGGCAGGAGGGCUCAGAUUGGAAGGGUUGGGCGCCAGACCGCCUACGCCAAGAAGGCCAGUGGGACGUCUUCUUCCUCUUUUCACCUCUCCUCCUCCUCCUCCUCCUCCUCCUCCCGCUCUUGCUCCUCUCCAGGCCAAGCAGAAAUUCUACCGCGACCGCUCCGCAGCUGCUGGUAAAGGGGACAUGGAUUUGCCACCGCACUUGUUCUCCGUCGGGGCGGCUUCGUACACUGCCAUGCUUGGCGACUCGAAGAAUCAGUCCAUCAUCAUUUCCGGGGAAAGCGGUGCUGGGAAGACCGAGGCGACGAAGCGAAUCCUCACGUAUUUCGCCGGGUUGCAAGGGAAGAAAGCCGACGAUUUGAUGGGGCGCACCGCUUCGCUGGGAAGCAUGGGAAUAGAGGACCAGAUCUUGCGUGCCAACCCUAUCCUCGAGGGCUUUGGAAACGCGAAGACUGUUCGUAACGAUAACUCGUCCCGCUUCGGCAAGUUCAUUGACAUCGAAUUUGACACGAGCGGUAAGUUAAGGAGCGCGAAGAUCUCGAACUAUCUGUUGGAAAAGAGCCGCAUAGUCACGCAGCAGCCCAACGAACGCAACUACCACGCUUUCUACAUGAUGUGCGCUGGAGCAGCAAGUAUGGAGCUCAACUCGCUUCUCUGCCUGCACGACGCGAUGGACCAUAACUACGUCUGCACGACGACGCAGGUUGAAGGUGUGAACGACAGCAGCGAGUUUCAAGAGAUGAUGGACUGCAUGAAUAGCCUCGGCUUCAGUGGGGAUGAAAGGGAUUCCAUCCUCAAGAUCACAGCCGCUGUGCUGCAUCUAGGUGAUCUGGAGUUCGAGGAGAUGGAAAACAGCGACCAUGGCACCCGGAUCACCGACCAGCAGAAAACCGAGAUUAUAUGCAAGUUGAUGCAGGUGGAGGCGGCAGAUUUCACGAAGAUAUACCAGUACAAGACUUUGGAGGAUCCGUUCACAAAGAAGAUAAUCGAUAUGCCGCAAAACCCGGGGGGAGCUUCGGACACCCGCCAUUCCAUGGCCAAGUGUCUCUACUCCCGGCUCUUCGAUUGGCUUGUGUGGCGUAUCAACGAGAGCACCAAAGCCAAACAGGGCGGUGGCCAAUCCCGGAAGAUCGGGAUCCUUGACAUUUAUGGUUUCGAGGUGUUCGAGUGGAAUUCGUUCGAGCAGUUGUGUAUCAAUUUCGCCAACGAGAAGUUGCAGCAGCAUUUCAACUCACACAUGUUCACGUUGGAGCAGCAGUUAUACAAUGAAGAAGGCAUCAGCUGGUCGCACAUCGUGUUCCAGGACAAUCGCGAGAUCAUAGACAGCCUGGAAAAGAAGCCGCUGGGCCUGUUCUGCAUAAUCGAUUCAGAGUGCCUUAUGCCGAACGGCAAGGACGCCACCUGUUUGAACAAGGUCUAUACGUCCUUCAAGACCUCGAAGAUCGUGUACAAGCCGUCCCGCUUCGCGGACACGAACUUCGCGGUGGCGCACUACGCGGGGCCGGUGAUCUACGACAUCGUGUCCUUCUUGGAGAAGAACACGGACAAGCUCCACGCCGACAUCAUCAACCUCGGCAAAGGGUCCAAGAUGCCGAUGCUGAAGGCCCUCUUCUCGGACGCCAAGUUCGCCCCCGAGCUCCGGAGCGCCGGCGGCUCCGCGGCGGGCGCGAAGUCCCGCGCGGCGCCGAAGGCGGCCGCGGGCAGCGAGCGCGCGAAGCAGCACGUGACCGUGAGCAUGAUGUUCCGCUCCCAGCUGGACCAGCUGGUCGAGGACCUGAACCAGACGAACCCGAGGUACGUGAGGUGCAUCAAGCCCAAUGGCAACAAGGCGCCCCACGACUUCGACUCGCUGGAGAUCCAGCGCCAGCUGCGCUGCGCGGGCAUGCUGGAGUCCAUACGGAUCCGCCGCGCGGGGUACUCGGUGCGGAGGCCGUUCAAGGAGUUCUUCAACCGCUUCCGCAUCUUGACCCCGACCAUCUCGGCUGGGGGGCGGGUCGAUCCCGACUUCAAGGCCCUCUGCGCGAGCCUGCUGCAGACGAUCGAGGCGCGCUUCGAGAAGGAGGGGACGGCCCUGCCCGCGAAGAGCUGGCAGAUCGGGCGGAGCAAGAUCUUCAUGAAGGACGACAUGCAAGCCCGGCUCGAGAAGGCGAUGACCGGGGCCAUCCAGGAGUACGUCGUGCGAGUCCAGAGGCGGUUGCGCGGGUGGCUUGCGCGCAGGAGGUUCAAGGCGAUGCGCAGGGCGGCCGCACAACUGCAGUCCGCGCUGCGGACUCUGGGGUGCAAGUGCGCCUACAAGGAGAGGCUGCGGCAGACCAAGGCGUGCAUCGGCAUGCAAGCGGCACUGCGCAUGCUCGUGAAGCGUCAGCUUUUCUCCAGGCGCCGCGCGGCCGCGGUUCUCAUCCAGAGGAGGGUGCGCGGCUGGGCGACCCGCAGGAAGAUCGGCAAGCUGAAGGGCAAGAACGCCGCAGAGCGCAUCAAGCGGCAGCGGGAGGAGGAGGAGCAGAGGGCCGAGAUGGACCGGCUGAAGAAGGCCCAGCAGGAGAAGGAGAGGGAGAUGGAGGAGAUGCGGCGGCAGAUGGAGGUCGAGAGGCAGCAGGCGCAGGAGGAGGCGGAGAGGCGGAUGUCCGAGCUGGAGAAGUCCAUAGGCCCCGGCUCGCCCCUGCCGGGGCCGUCGCCCAAGGACAGCGAGGAGCUGGAGAAGCUGCGCCAGGAGACGCCGCGGUUGUGA